ACUCCCGGGAAAGUGUCGGUUCUUCUAUCUCCCUUUAAUUUCCUCGCUUAUUUUCCGGGAAAAUUGUGAGGCUUUCCAAGUUUGGAUCCAUAGAAACAUAACGACAAGCUUUGCAAGUCUGGAACUUUUCGAAAUAUGACUUUGACGUUUGGAGGAAGAUUCUGAUGGAUGAAGGGUUUCUCCCCUCAGAUUCUCUUGAGGAAUUUAUGCUGGCAGAAAAGCGCGAGAAAGUGCCGAGAAAGUGAGAGAAAAUGAUGGGUCUGAUAUGCCGUUCCGCUGCGGCUUCUCCCACUUGUUCUUCGUCUUCUCCGAGUAACUCGGGGAAAGUAGUUUCACAGAAUUUACCUGAUGCAUCACCUCCAAGAUUCUCUUCUUACAGUACACCGAUUGUACCAAUUGAGAAGAGAUUACCAUUGUCCCUCCAGGCUUCCGAUUUCAGCGAAACGCCAAAGUCUCCAGAAGAACUGAGGAAGGAAAUUGCUUCACUUGAGUCCGAGAUUCUUCGUCUGGAGCGUUUUCUGCUGCCCCUUUACAGGACAGCUUUCGAAGAGCAAGUUCCUUCCUUCUCCGGUCUUUCGGGAACAAACUUACCCGGCACACUGACCGGUUCACCAUCUCUGUCUUUGCCAAAUCAAUUCUCUCACAAUUUUGACCAGAAACCCGAGCAGAAAACCGGUUUUUGCUGCCAUUAUCAAGCUUCUUCUCCUGUGUACAGCAAGAACUUUUCAUACCCUCGGAGUUUUCAUGCUAGUCUGAAGGCCGUGUCAGCGAGGGAGGGGAGAAAACGGGUUUCUGGUCAUCGCAGUCUUGGAGAUCUUCUCGGGUCUUCUCAUAUCGUAGAUAACGUUAUCAAUCCAAACAAGCUUUCGGAAGAUAUCAUCAGAUGCAUCUCUUCUGUAUACUGUACCCUUUCCAGCUCAACAAGAACCGAUUCUGGAUCUGGUUUCUCUGUUUCUCCGCCUUCAUCUUUGUCUUCCUGGAGCGUGUUUCCUUCCAAGGCUCCUAAUGAUAGCUGGAAUCUGCACUGUCAAGAAGGGAAUGUGUCAUCCGGUAUCGUAGUAGAGUCUCUGAAAAUUCACCUGGAUGAUGGUAGUUUCAAUUACACUGCUCUUAUGCUGCAACACUUCAGAUCACUGGUUAAAAAUCUUGAGAAGGUCGAUCCAAAUGGAAUGAAACGGGAAGAGAAGCUCGCCUUUUGGAUAAACAUCCACAAUGCCCUCGUGAUGCAUGCAUACUUAGCCUACGGGAUUCACAACCGAGCAAGAAACGCUUUGAUCUCGAAGGCAGCUUAUGAUGUUGGAGGCCAUAGAGUAAACCCCUACAUUAUCCAGAGCUCCAUCUUAGGCAUCCGACCACAUUACUCAGUACCAUUGCUUCAGACCCUGUUCUCCCCGUCAAGAACGUCAAAAACUCGUAGUAUCAGACACAUAUACGCCUUGGAAUAUCCCGAACCAUUGAUCCAUUUCACUCUUUCUUCAGGCAUAUCAUCAGAUCCACCGGUUCGGGUUUACACUGCAGAAAGCAUAUUCCGGGAUCUAAGAAAAGCCAAAGAAGAGUUCAUCAGAAACAACGUAGGUACCCGAAAAGGGACAAAGAUUGUACUGCCCAAGAUCCUAUAUUACUACAUGAAAGACAUGUCACUAGACGUGUCUGGUUUCUUGCAAGCAACAACUGGGUGUUUACCAGAAGCAGCAAAGAGAAUUUCCCAGAAACGUUUGAAGGAUAAGAAGAGCAAGCUCGUGGAAUGGCUGCCGGAAAACUCAAACUUCCGGUAUGUUAUCGCCGGAGAAGUGACCGGAGAAAGGAUCAAGAGAUGAUAAAUCCGAUGUGGGUUUCUUCUAAUGUAAUUAAAUCACACAUACAUAUUUAUGCAUAUGAUAUUCAUAAGUUUGAAAAAAUGGGAUUUCGAAAUUGAAUGAAUGAAAAAUUUUACAUUGGUAAAAGUA